AUGAAUAUUGACAUACCGAAUCUGGUCAAGGCCGCCGUGCCGGAAUCUGAAGGACGCAAUGCGCGCAUCAUCUCAGACAACUGGAACCGCCCCGGCUACAGAGAUCCUAAUUUUCUAUCCCAAGAUUUCCCGAGAGCGCGACCGAAGCUCUAUAUAAGUGCGGAAAGUGAUGAUUUCGAUCAGUUAACGUUAGCUGAAUGGCGUGACGAGGGCUUCGAUGUAGAAUAUUUAUCCAUGGGAAGCAGCGCGGAGGAAUACCGGGGCAAGCUCCGAUCGUUGAGCAAAAAGAAAAUGGGACCCUGCGAGACUUUUGGAAUCGUCGCAUAUGGCGAUGCCGCAGCCGUCUGCAUGGAGCACUACCAUGUCAUGGACAACAACCCAGAGUUCAAACUCGGACUGCUCAUCGCGUACUAUCCGACAGCCAUUCCAGACCCUAAAGGGCACUUCCCCAGCAGCAUCACGGCUCUGGUUCAUCUCGCUGCAGGUGAGGAGAUUGGCAUCACGAAGCAGAGUCAGAUGGUAGGGAUACAAGGCAAACGGCGCACGACUCGCAAGAAGGUGGAAAACGGCAUUGGUACCGGAGGAACACUGCGACUCGCAUACCCGACCUACACUUACGACGCAGAACCUGGUUUUGCCGAGCAUGACCUGGACGAGUACAACAAAGUUUCUGCUGAGUUGGCAUGGAGUCGGAGCUUAGGUGUGGCGAGAAAAGCGUUCAACAACCACGUCGACUUAGAGCUCGUGUUGGAAGAAAACGUACAAGGCAAAUUCUUCACUCGAAACCUAAACCAAACGCUUUCAACUUACACAACACACAAAAGCCCUCACGUAACUCACAUCCCGACUUUGACGGGAGGAAUCGGAGCAUCAGAGCUCGAACGUUUCUACUCUCAGUUCUUCAGCAACCCGCCAUCGAUGAAACUGACGCUUAUUUCCCGCACCAUCGGUGCUGAUCGGGUCGUCGACGAAGUUCACGUUCGCUUCAAGCAUACUGAGGAGAUGCCGUGGAUAUUACCAGGUGUCCCAGCCACAAACAAGAGGGUUGAAGUGCUCGUAGUCAGCAUCGUUGGGCUGAGAGGAGGCAAACUUUAUCACGAGCAUGUGUAUUGGGACCAAGCCAGUGUUCUGGUACAAAUCGGUUUACUGGACCCAAAGCUGGUACCAGAAGCGGCACGUAAGAAUGGAGUGCAGAGAUUACCGGUCGUCGGAAGAGAAGCUGCGAGAAGGGUGCUGAGAGGGUGGGACCCCGAUGAGGAAGGAGAAGCAGACAAUGAACUGGUACCAGGUUGGAAUGAGAAUGAAGAUGAAGAUGAGCGAGACGAAGAGGAGGCGAAUAAGGACCAUGAACAACACAAGAAGAAAACUUCGGACGAAAAAACACUGCCCGAAAGGUCGAAAUCGUCCACAAAAGACACUACCAGCACGUAG